CUAUUUUGAACCCCAAAAACCCAAAGGAAUCACCGAAAUCCUUCAGCUUCGACCAUUCCUAUUGGUCUCACACCUCGCCGGACGACCCCUGCUUUUCAUCACAGAACCUUGUAUACAAUGACAUUGGGAAGGAGAUGUUGCAGCAUGCAUUUGAGGGCUACAACGUAUGCAUUUUUGCCUACGGCCAGACUGGAGCUGGCAAGUCCUACACCAUGAUGGGAAAGCAAGAAGAAGGACAGGAAGGCAUAAUCCCUCUGCUCUGUGAAGAUCUAUUUGAGAAAAUCAAUGACAAUAACAAUGAGGAGAUCUCGUACUCUGUGGAGGUGGCUUACAUGGAAAUAUACUGUGAGCGGGUUAGGGAUCUUCUAAACCCUAAAAACAAAGGGAACCUGCGUGUUAGGGAACAUCCUCUACUUGGACCCUAUGUAGAAGACCUCUCAAAACUGGCCGUCACCUCCUAUACAGACAUUGCUGACCUCAUGGAUGCUGGUAACAAAGCCAGAACUGUUGCUGCCACCAACAUGAACGAGACGAGCAGCCGCUCCCAUGCCGUCUUCACCAUCGUUUUCACCCAGAAGAAGUACGACAGUGAGACAAACCUGUCCACAGAGAAGGUCAGCAAAAUCAGCCUGGUGGAUCUGGCAGGAAGUGAGCGUGCUGACUCAACAGGGGCUAAAGGAACCAGACUGAAGGAGGGAGCAAACAUCAAUAAAUCUCUAACCACUCUUGGAAAGGUUAUUUCUGCACUGGCCGAGGUGGAUAACUGUACCAGCAAGAGCAAGAAGAAAAAGAAGACUGACUUCAUUCCUUACCGAGACUCUGUGUUGACAUGGCUGCUCAGAGAGAAUCUAGGAGGGAACUCAAGGACAGCUAUGGUAGCCGCUCUGAGUCCUGCUGACAUCAACUAUGAUGAAACUCUGAGCACACUCCGAUAUGCGGACAGAGCCAAGCAGAUCAAGUGCAAUGCUGUCAUCAACGAGGACCCUAAUGCCAAGUUGGUACGAGAGCUGAAGGACGAGGUGUUGCGUCUGAAGGAACUGCUACAAGCCCAGGGACUCGGGGACAUCUUGGACAUCGAUCCAAUGGGGGAUGAUUGCCUUGGAAGUGGAAGUAAAUACCUGAAAGAUAUAACCAACAAUAAGAAUAGAUUCUUGAUAGCAUCAGAGAACCAACGGCCUGGCCAUUUCUCCACAGCACCUAUGGGCUGCCUGACAGCAUCUCCGUCUUCAGGCUCUCUGUGCACCCAGGCAAUGCUGCAGUCUGUGUCCAGCAUCCAAGAGCGUAUCAUGUCCACGCCAGGUGGAGAAGAGGCCAUCGAGAGGCUGAAGGAGUCUGAGAAGAUCAUAGCCGAGCUAAAUGAGACCUGGGAGGAGAAGCUGAGGAAAACUGAGGCUAUCCGUAUGGAGAG